UGUAACAUCAGUCUCAUAUUUACGUUAGUAGAGUGAACAACGAGUGGUUUUAGUGAUGAGUCAUAUGUACGGUUUUUCAACAGCCCCUCAGAUGGCAGACGAAUAUCAACAAUCAGCAUCACCGAACAACGAGGGCCAUAUCAAAAGGCCGAUGAACGCUUUCAUGGUUUGGUCUCGUAUUCAACGAAGAAAAAUAGCAUUGGACAAUCCGAAAAUGCACAAUUCUGAAAUAUCUAAACGUUUAGGAGCUGAAUGGAAAUUACUAUCAGAAUCAGACAAAAGACCUUUCAUCGAUGAAGCUAAACGGUUAAGAGCACUUCAUAUGAAAGAACAUCCUGACUAUAAAUACAGACCAAGGAGGAAACCAAAGGGACCGUUGAUGAGUGGAAUUAAAGCUCCAAUGGGAAGUUUCCCGAUGCACCAACUGUAUCCGUUUCCACCAAUGGACUCACUCAAUUCUCCGUACCCAUACUUCAAUCCAGCCUUCGAUAUCUCCAGAAUGCCUAUAAAGUCAGAGGAACAACAUAUGUCCCAACCUGCUGUAGUGACUACUCUUCAUUCCUCCUUGCACAACUCACUGUAUUCUUCUUUGUACCAACAACCAAAGUCGUUUGCACCAGCUCCGAUGAGCAUGUUCUCUUCAAUUCCAACCACACCAAUGAUGUAUUCAGCGUCAUCGAGUCCCGCUUCCAGUCCAGCGAGCUCAGAUCUGGAAAUUAGAAGGCCAUUACCUGUUUCGGUGAUGUAUUAGUGAUAAAAGACAUUUUGUUAAAUUUUGUUGAAGUUAUAGGACAUUUUUUUAACUAAUUGUUUAGUUGUUUUUUAUUUAUGCGUAAAUAUGUUUCUGUGAUUAUAUAUGUAUGACGACUGAUUUUUGUACAUAUAUUCUGUAGGAAAAUAUCACUUGCAUUGUAUUCACACAUGGACAUUUUUUAUAGAGGUUUUAAUUUAUUCUUAUGUAUAUAGCAAAAUAAAUCAUAGUUAUACAAUG